UUCACUACAGAUCUCUCCGCCCUCCUCAGCUGCCAGCGACGCCGCAUAACACGGUGCAAGAAAAUGCGCCAUCCCGGUGCAGGUGAAUCUGGUGUUUCCGAGGGGGUCGCGGUCCCGGAGUCGUCAUGAAGGCGCUUGACGAGCCCCCCUAUCUGACAGUGGGCACGGACGUGAGUGCCAAGUACCGAGGAGCCUUCUGUGAAGCCAAGAUCAAGACAGCAAAAAGACUCGUCAAAGUCAAGGUGACAUUUAGACAUGAUUCUUCAACGGUGGAAGUUCAAGAUGACCACAUAAAGGGCCCACUAAAGGUAGGAGCUAUUGUAGAAGUGAAGAACCUUGAUGGUGCAUAUCAAGAAGCCGUUAUCAAUAAAUUAACUGAUGCGAGUUGGUAUACUGUAGUGUUUGACGACGGAGAUGAAAAGACACUGCGGCGGUCUUCACUGUGCCUGAAAGGAGAGAGGCACUUUGCUGAGAGUGAAACACUAGACCAGCUCCCACUCACCAACCCUGAGCACUUUGGCACUCCAGUCAUAGGAAAGAAAACAAAUAGAGGAAGAAGAUCUAAUCAUAUACCAGAGGAAGAGUCUUCAUCGUCCUCCAGUGAUGAAGAUGAGGAUGACAGGAAACAGAUCGAUGAGCUCCUAGGCAAAGUUGUAUGUGUAGAUUACAUUAGUUUGGAUAAAAAGAGAGCAUUGUGGUUCCCUGCAUUGGUGGUGUGUCCUGAUUGUAGCGAUGAGAUUGCUGUGAAAAAAGACAACAUUCUUGUUCGAUCUUUCAAAGAUGGCAAAUUUACUUCAGUUGCAAGAAAAGAUGUCCAUGAAAUUACUAGCGACGCUGCGCCAAAGCCUGAUUCUACACUGAAACAAGCCUUUGAUCAGGCACUUGAAUUUCACAAAAGUAGAACUGUCCCUGCUAACUGGAAGACGGAGCUGAAAGAAGAUAGCUCUAGCAGUGAAGCUGAGGAAGAGGAAGAGGAGGAAGAUGAUGAAAAAGAGAAGGAGGACAACAGCAGUGAAGAAGAGGAAGAAAUAGAACCAUUUCCAGAAGAAAGGGAGAAUUUUCUUCAGCAGUUGUACAAAUUUAUGGAAGAUAGAGGUACACCUAUUAAUAAACGACCUGUACUGGGGUAUCGGAAUUUGAAUCUCUUUAAGUUAUUCAGACUUGUGCACAAGCUUGGCGGGUUUGACAAUAUUGAAAGUGGAGCUGUUUGGAAACAAGUCUACCAAGAUCUUGGCAUCCCUGUCUUAAAUUCAGCAGCAGGGUACAAUGUUAAAUGUGCCUAUAAAAAGUACUUGUAUGGUUUUGAAGAGUACUGUAGGUCAGCUAAUAUUGAGUUUCAGAUGGCAUUGCCAGAGAAAGUUGUUAGUAAGCCAUGUAAGGACUGUGAAAAUGUAAAAGAAAUAAAAAUUAAGGAAGAAAAUGAAACAGAGAUCAAAGAAAUAAAGAUGGAAGAGGAAAGGAAUGUAAUGCCAAAAGAAGAAAAGCCUAUUGAAGAUGAGACUGAGAGAAAAGAAAAUAUUAAACCCUCUCUGGGAGGUAAAAAGAACUUACUAGAAUCUGCAUCUACUCAGUCCAAUCAACAAAAAGAAACCAACAUUAAAAAACCAGGAGAAAAUGAAAAUUUGGAAGAUAAAGAUGAUGAUACGACUAGAGAAGAUGAGUCUCUCAAUAUAAAGGUAGAAGCUGAAGAAGAGAAAGCAAAAUCUGGAGAUGAAACGAAUAAAGAGGAAGAUGAAGAUGAUGAAGAAGCAGAAGAGGAGGAGGAGGAGGAGGAAGAGGAUGAAGAUGACGAUGACGACAAUGAGGAAGAGGAGUUUGAGUGCUAUCCACCAGGCAUGAAAGUCCAAGUGCGGUAUGGACGAGGGAAAAAUCAAAAAACGUAUGAAGCUAGUAUUAAAGAUUCUGAUGUCGAAGGUGGAGAGGUCCUUUACUUGGUCCAUUACUGCGGAUGGAAUGUGAGAUAUGAUGAAUGGAUUAAAGCAGAUAAAAUAGUAAGACCUGCUGAUAAAAAUGUACCAAAGAUAAAACAUCGAAAGAAAAUAAAGAAUAAAUUAGACAAAGACAAAGAUGAAAAAUAUUCUCCUAAAACCUGUAAACUUCGACGCUUGUCAAAACCACCAUUUCAUACGAAUCCUUCUCCUGAAAUGGUUUCCAAACUGGACCUUACUGAUGCCAAAAGCUCUGAUACAGCUCAUAUCAAAUCCAUAGAAAUCACUUCUAUUCUUAACGGACUUCAAGCUUCUGAAAGUUCUGCUGAAGACAGUGAGCAGGAGGAUGGGAGAGCAGCUCAGGGCCUGGAUGGCAACGACAGCGCGGACACUGAGCUCGGGCCUCUGACUCACACCAGAAACGACCUUAUUUCAGAGGAGGAGCAGAACACCUCGUCUUUGCUAGAAGGAAACCAAGGCCUUGCAGAUUUGGCAGUAGCCAAGGCAGUGUCAAAAUCUGCAGAGAGACUAAGGGAAGACCACGAAGGGCUGUCCGAAGAUACCGAUUACGGAGAGGAUGAGGUCACCGGAAAGAGGAAGGCUGUCAAGAAAGACACAGCCGACAAGGCCUCGAAGCCGCAGCUGAAGCGUGGGAAGAGGGGGUAUUACAGCUCAGAGGAGUGUUUGAAAACUGGGUCACCCGGCAGAAAGGAAGAGAAGGUCAAGAGCAAAGGGUCACUUUGCACAGAAAACAGUAGCAACAGUUCCUCAGAUGAAGAAGAGGAAGAAAAGUCAAAAGCAAAGACAACACCCACCAAGAAGUACAAUGGUUUGGAGGAAAAAAGAAAGUCACUACGGACAACUGGUUUCUACUCCGGAUUUUCGGAAGUGGCAGAGAAAAGGAUAAAACUCUUAAAUAACACUGAUGAAAGACUUCAGAACAGCAGGGCGAAAGAGCGGAAGGAUGUCUGGUCCAGCAUUCAGGGCCAGUGGCCCAAAAAAACGCUCAAGGAGCUGUUUUCAGACUCAGACACAGAGGCUGCUGCCUCCCCGCCCCACCCUGCCCCAGAGGAAGGGGCCGAAGAGCCGCUGCAGACCACGGUGGAGGAGAAGAGCUGCUCGCCGGCCACAGAACCGGGGAAGGCCCUGACGGUCGUGGCCGGUGGGCAGCCCGCUGCAGAAAAGCCAGCGGAGGCUGGUGACAGAAAAGCGGAGUUCCCGAGUAGCGGCAGUAAUUCCGUGCUGAAUACCCCUCCCACUACACCAGAGUCACCCUCCUCGGUCACCGUCACGGAAGCCAGCCGGCAGCUGUCUUCGGUCACAGCCUCAGAACCGCUGGCUGCAAACCAAGAAGAGGUCCGGAGUAUCAAGAGUGAGACGGACAGCACGAUCGAGGUAGACAGCGUCGCCGGGGAGCUGCAGGACCUCCAGUCCGAGGGCACGAGCUCGCCCGCGGGCUUUGAUGCCAGCGUGAGCUCCAGCAGUAGCAAUCAGCCGGAGGUCGAGCAACCCGAAAAAGCCUGCACAGGCCAGAAGAGAGGAAGAGAUGCUCAGGGUGCAGGAAGUUCAUCCAAAAAGCAGAAAAGAAGCCAUAAAGCAGCAGCGGCCCCCGGCAAAAAGAAGGGGAAAGGCACAAAUAGUAGUGAUAGUGAAGAUCUUUCAGCUAGCGAAGGUGUCACAAAGACUCACCCAGUCAAACCAGUGUCCACUGGAAUGAAGUCUCACAGCAGCAAAUCUCCAGCAAGAACACAGUCGCCUGGGAAGUGUGGGAAGAACGGUGAUAAGGACCCUGACCUCAAGGAACCCAGCAGUCGGUUACCCAAGGUUUACAAAUGGAGCUUUCAGAUGUCGGACCUGGAGAAUAUGACAAGUGCUGAACGCAUAACAGUGCUUCAAGAAAAACUGCAAGAAAUCAGAAAGCAUUACCUGUCAUUAAAAUCGGAAGUAGCUUCCAUCGAUCGGAGGAGAAAGCGCUUAAAGAAGAAAGAGAGAGAAAGUGCUGCUACAUCCUCAUCCUCCUCUUCACCUUCAUCCAGUUCCAUAACGGCUGCUGUUAUGUUAACUUUAGCUGAACCGUCUAUGUCUGGCGCAUCACAAAAUGGAGUGUCAGUUGAGUGCAGGUGACGGCAGGACUUGCUAAAGCACUUUGCACUUAAUGGCUGUUGAGGGCCACGUCUUUUUUUAUACUGCACAGUGGCACAAAAAAUCAGACAAGCACUAUUUUAUAUUUAAAACUGUUUCUUGACAAGCUGACUUGGCACUUAAGUGCACUUUUUUAUGAAGAAAAAGUACAAUGAACUGCUUUUCCUCAAGCAAUAAUUGUUUCCAACUUGUCUGGGAAUUGUGUGUCUGGUAACUUGAAGGCCUCCCACUGCGGCAGGUGGAGGCUUUUCACUGCCUACGACAAUGCAGUAAGCGUACUCGGGGGGUGGGCCAGAACGGGCGACGAGGACUCACUGUAUACGUAUCCCUUGUAUUUUGUUAAAGCUGGAACAUUUGAUAUUUUUCCAUUUAUUUAUGAAAAAUAUAUGAACCUAUUUUCAUUUGUACAAGCGAAUUGUUUUUUAAAACAAGUCACCUUAGGGUGGCUUUAAUUGUAUAAGUCAAGCACAUGUAAUCAAUUCAAAACCUGCAGUUAACAGGAUGUUAGACAUCAGUCCUGGUAACCAAAUAGUGAAGAUUCUCUUUUAAAAAGACUGAACGUGUUUACAGGUUUGAAUUAGGCAAAAACGUCUUGCAGUGGCUUUUCAUGCCCCUUCAAAUUGGAAAGGAACUACUGUACUUUGCCAUUUUUCUAUAAAUCAGUAUUUUUUUUUAAUUUUGAUAUAAUACAUUGUGUGAAAAAAGAAAAUGGCUAAUAAACUGUAUUAAAUCUUAAACAAUGUAUAAAGAUUGUACUUAGCCAGUUCAAAGUGUAUAUUUAUUCAUAAUGAAUUAUAACAGUUAUAUUUUUGUGUUUUCUUGUAAAUGUUUCUUUUCCCUUAAAACAGAUAAUUCAUUUGUAUUGCUUAUUUUAUUAUGAGCUACAACAAAAGGAUUUCAGGAAAAACUGUAUUAGUGUGGUUAAAGGUUGUUGAUAAUGAACUGUCUCAAGAGGAUGGUUGUUAUUUUAAGUAUAAAUAGCUAAUGGGGUGGAAGGCCUAUAAAGUUAAAUGCCUUGUAUAAAAUCCAAAAUGAACACAAAUUGUUUUCGCUUGUAUGGACUUUACGUUGUAUGACCCCAAUCUCUGUUCUUUUUGGCACUUGUAUUUAACUCCUCACCUUUGUAUGACACUUGUAUAUUGCGGAUGUGUUCAUUCAAGCUAUUUAAUACCUGGCACUGUUACUACACAGUGCUUUACUGUACAGGCUGUUUUACUGUUUUAACUGUAGUUCUGUGUACUUUAUUUGGAUGGGGCUGGCAUGUUUUGUUUGUUUUCUGACAAUACGACGUGAGAAUUUCGAAGCGUUUUGUUGUAGAUGCUAACGUGUCAGAAUCCUUUACAUUCAACUUUUCUAAGAAAAGCCUUUUCAGUCUUAUAGUGUGUGCUUACAGUAAACUAAUUUUGUUGAAAAUGGUUUCAAGUUACUCCAAUUUGUACAGGAUUGUAAAGAUUUGUUGACAGCAAAAUGUUGAAGAAAAAGCUUAUAGAAUAAAAGCUAUAAAGUAUAUAUUAGGAUCUGCAAACAAUGAAGAGUUGUGUAAUAUAUUGUACAAAUGUAAGCAAAGGCUCUGAAAUAAAAUGCCAUAGUUUGUGAA